GGUUGGCGAAGUCAACUACCACCACGCGUAAACUUCACUUGUUGUCCCUCAGACUCGGUCACUCUCAGCUCCACACAUUGUGACACUCCGCUACUCCUCCUUCCCCCAACCUACAAAGGGCCAACAACCACCGUCCUGGGCUGUCGCCGCCGGUAACCAUCUUUUUUGUUCCCCGGAAAACCAGCCAAACAAUGUUAAGGGACGUGUCAGCUUGCAAUACAUACAAUUACGGGGACGCCCUUUAUUGGGAUGCACGGUAUUUACAAGAAGCGGGGUGCGGUUCCUUUGAUUGGUACCAGCGUUACUCUGCUCUCCGCCCUUUUGUUCGAAAUUAUGUUCCUACAUCCUCUAGGAUCCUCAUGGUUGGCUGUGGCAAUGCUGUGAUGUCGGAGGACAUGGUUAAGGAUGGUUAUGAAGAAAUAGUGAAUGUUGAUAUAUCAACAGUGGCUAUUGACAUGAUGAGAAGGAAGUAUGAGCACGUUCCGCAGUUGAAAUACAUGCAAAUGGAUGUCAGAGAUAUGAGCGUCUUUCCAGAUGAAUCAUUUGACGCUGUCAUUGAUAAGGGAACCCUUGACUCGUUAAUGUGUGGUACCAAUGCUCCAAUUUGUGCUGCACAAAUGCUUGGAGAAGUGAGCAGGCUUCUCAAACAUGGAGGUGUUUAUAUGUUGAUAACAUAUGGUGAUCCUACAGCACGGAUGCCUCAUCUGAGUCGACCAGUAUUUAACUGGAAAAUUGAGUUAUACAUCAUACGUAAGUUUCGUUGCAAGUCAUGCAAAACAUGCUCGGUCUAUUAUGCUAGAUUAUUAGACUGCUAUUUGAUCAUUGAAAUAUCCUUGACAAAUCAAACUAUUUGGUUUACUUGUGGCAUCCUUUGCAAGAGAUUUUUGAAAUUUAUCUUUAGGCUAUGUUAAAGCCAAUAGGAAGGC